AUGUCGAGCCGGACUACAUCAAGCGCGGCCGCUCCCGCAACCGGGUCCGGACCCGGCUCUGGGUCUGCGGCCUCACAAGCCGGCCCGCCCUAUGCGCCGCGCACGGCAGCCGUGGGCGGCAUCCCGAACGCCGAGGUCGACGGCACCAUCAGCGGGGUGUUCGUCGUGCUGUUCCUGAUGGCCGCAUUUGGCAACAUCACCGUCUUCCGCCGUAACCGCCGGCAGGGGUAUAAGUUCCUGUUCUCCGCCCUGCUCGUCAAGUUCAGCGUGUGGCGCAUCGCCGCGCUCUCGCUGCGCAUCGCCUGGGCGGCGCACCCGCGCAACAUCCGGCUGGCCAUCGCGAGCCAGGUGCUCACCGCGGCGGGCGUGCUGAUACUGUUGCUCGUAAAUCUCGUGUUUGCGCAGCGGGUCGUGCGGUCGUAUCAUCCCUUCUUUGGGUGGAGCCGGCCGGUGACGGGUUUGUUUGGGAUGCUGUUUGGCAGCGCUGUCAUGGCCAUGGUUGCGGUUGUGACGGCGACGGUGCAGAGCUUUUUUGUGAUUGACGGGUCGCCGCCCAAGAUUGCGGACCGGACGGUGCAGCUGGUUUGCGGCACGUACCUGGCCGUGUACGCGUUCCUGCCUGUGGUGCUCGUCACGCUGGCGGUUUUGGUGCCGAGGAAGGUCAGGAUCGACAAGUUUGGGGAGGGCCACUUCCGCACCAAGUUCGGGUUGCUGACGUUCACGGCCUCCCUGCUGACUCUGGGCGCCGUGUUCAGAGUCGCCGUCGCCUAUUUCCCCCGUCCGGUCGCGAACCCGGCAUGGUUCCAUAGCAAGGCCUGCUUCUACUGCUUCAACUUUGGGAUCGAGUGGAUAGUGGUGUUCACGUACACUGUGUCGAGGUUCGACAAACGUUUUCAUAUCCCCAACGGAAGCCGUGCGCCGGGGCACUAUUCGUCCUCGUGGGCUGAUUAUGGAAUCCCAGGCGGUCCGGUGGCGCUGGCUGGGCCCUUCGGGAAGUUGAGGAGGAGGAAGCAAACGAAAGCCGAGAUGGAGGUGGUUGCGGACGUGGCAAUGCCGCCGGUGGCAAAGACGCCGAGCCGGUGGAGUGUCAUGAAGUCUGGCAACUUCUCCUCUUUGUCGCUACCAGGCAGCACUUUGGUGGACGAUGAAGAUUGGGAGACGGUGACGAAGGUGAUGCAAGAGAUUUAUGGCAUCGACGAGGAGGCUCAACGCCUCGAGAGCGUACAGAAGCCGGGCCCGCUGCCUCGUAUCAGAAUCAGCCGGUCGGGAGAUCUUGUCAGAGGUCUGCAAAAGCGUGCCUCUACUGAGACAUGGGCCUGGCUAGCAGGUGUAGAGGACCACCACGACGGCGAGGGAUAUGGGCCAGAAAACGGUGCCUCUUCUGCGGCCAGAUUUUCGGCGAGUGGUGUUAGAGACGGUGCCUCUUCGGCCGGGGGAUUCUCGUCAAGUGAUGUCACGGAAGGGCGCGACGGUGCCUCGACUGCGGCAGGCAACUCGUCAACAAGUCAGGGUGAAGGAUCCAGGCAGGCGUAAGCAACGGGGGCCCAUUUGGAGCUGUUCGUGUUCGUUAUGCGGCGGUGGGUUUAUUGAUGUUUUCUUUUCCAAACCAGUCAGUGCCAGUGGGUCGGGGGAAGAAAAGCAGCUUAUGGUCAGACGAGGAGCGAUUUCUUUAGCAUUUCGAGGGUCAACGCUGC